AUGAAGUCGAUUGAAAGCCGUAGAGGUUGUCACUUUAUGGUGCGACCCACAAAGAGCCUGUUUGGGGACCCUUUUGGGGCCUUCAGGAAGGCAGGUGGCAAGGAGAGUCAGCAGAUAGGUAAAUGUCCAGUUUCUUCCCUAGGGGGAUGUACGUUCGAUGAUGGCCCUGGACCCUGUGACUACCACCAAGACUUGUACGAUGACUUCGACUGGGUACAUGUCAGUGCUCAAGAGCCUCACUAUUUGCCGCCUGAGAUGCCUCAAGGGUCAUAUAUGAUAGUGAUUUCCUCAGACCACGACCCUGGAGAAAAGACGCGACUCCAGCUUCCAACGAUGAAAGAAAAUGAUACUCACUGCAUCGAUUUCAGCUACCUUCUGUACAGCAAGAAUGGAGCAAACCCGGGCACUUUGAAUAUCCUGGUUAGGGUGAACAAAGGGCCGCUGGCUAACCCCAUCUGGAACGUCACCAGCUCCACUGGCAAAGACUGGCUUCGAGCGGAGUUGGCUGUCAGCACUUUCUGGCCCAACGAGUAUCAGGUAAUAUUUGAAGCUGAAGUCUCAGAUGGGAGAAAUGGCUACAUUGCCAUUGAUGACAUCCAGGUUCUGAGUUACCCUUGUGAUAAAUCUCCACAUUUCUUGAGGCUGGGGGAUGUAGAGGUCAAUGCAGGGCAGAAUGCUACAUUUCAAUGCAUUGCUACGGGGAGAGAUGCAGUGAAUAACAAGUUAUGGCUCCAGAGAAGAAAUGGGGAAGAUAUUCCAGUUGCUCAGACUAAAAAUAUCAAUCACAGAAGAUUUGCUGCUACCUUUAAGUUGCAAGAGGUGACAAAAACUGACCAGGAUUUGUACCGUUGUGUGACUCAGUCAGAGAGAGGUUCGGGAGUGUCAAAUUUUGCUCAACUUAUUGUUCGAGAGCCGCCUCGGCCAAUAGCACCCCCGCAGCUGCUGGGCGUUGGGCCCACAUACUUGCUCAUUCAACUGAAUGCCAACUCAAUUAUUGGGGAUGGACCCAUUAUCCUGAAAGAAGUGGAGUACCGAAUGACGUCUGGGACCUGGACCGAAACCCAUGCUGUCAACGCGCCAACUUACAAGCUCUGGCACUUGGACCCUGACACCGAAUAUGAAAUUCGGGUCCUGCUCACCAGACCAGGAGAAGGUGGGACUGGACAGCCAGGACCACCGCUCAUCACCAGGACCAAAUGUGCAGAACCUAUGAGAACACCAAAAACAUUGAAGAUUGCUGAGAUCCAGGCCAGACACAUCGCUGUGGAUUGGGAAUCUCUGGGUUACAACAUCACUCGUUGCCACACUUUCAAUGUCACUAUAUGCUACCACUACUUCUGCGGACACAACGAGAGCAAGGCGGACUGCUUGGACAUGGACCCCAAAGCACCCCAGCACGUUGUGGAUCACCUGCCUCCCUACACAAAUGUCAGCCUCAAAAUGAUCUUAACCAACCCAGAAGGGAGGAAGGAGAGCGAGGAGACCAUUAUCCAGACAGAUGAAGACGUGCCAGGCCCUAUACCUGCCAAGUCGGUGAAGGGAACUCCUUUUGAAGAUAAGAUCUUCCUCAACUGGAAGGAACCUGUGGAUCCAAAUGGCAUCAUUACUCAGUAUGAGGUCAGCUAUAGCAGUAUACGGUCGUUCGAUCCUGCAGUUCCAGUCGCAGGACCUCCGCAAACCGUGUCAAAGCUGUGGAACAGCACGCACCACGUCUUCUCACACUUGCAUCCUGGUACUACUUACCAGUUCUUUAUACGUGCAAGCACCGUCAAAGGGUUUGGACCAGCAACCACAAUCAAUGUCACAACUAACAUCUCAGCUCCCACUUUACCGGACUAUGAAGGAGUCGAUGCAUCUCUCAAUGAAACUGCUACUACAAUAACUGUACUCUUGAGACCGGCACAGGCCAAAGGUGCACCUAUCAGUGCCUACCAGAUCGUUGUUGAGGAGCUGCACCCCCACCGAACAAAGCGAGAAACGGGUGCCAUGGAGUGCUACCAAAUCCCCGUCACCUAUCAGACCGCUGUUAGCGGAGGGUCGCCGUAUUACUUUGCUGCUGAGCUGCCCCCAGGAAAGCUGCCGGAGCAAGCCCCCUUUACCGUGGGCGACAACAGGACUUACCAGGGUUUCUGGAACCCGCCGCUGGCUCCUCGGAAAGGCUACAACAUCUAUUUCCAGGCCAUGAGCAGCGUUGAGAAGGAAACCAAAACUCAGUGUGUUCGAAUAGCUACAAAAGCAGCAGCAACAGAAGAACCUGAGGUGAUUCCAGAUCCGGCUAAGCAAACAGAUCGAGUGGUGAAAAUAGCAGGAAUAAGUGCUGGAAUUCUGGUAUUCAUCCUGCUUCUCCUUGUUGUCAUAUUGAUCGUCAAAAAAAGAUAUAUAACUUGGAGAAGAAACGUCUGCAUUAGAAACAUUAGGAGGAGCUACUAUUCUUACUCCUACUAUCUCAAACUUGCGAAGAAGCGCAAGGAUGCCAUGGGGACCACCCGCCAGGAGAUGACGCACAUGGUGAAUGCGAUGGAUAGGAGUUACGCUGACCAGAGCACCCUGCAUGCAGAGGAUCCCCUUUCGAUCACAUUUAUGGACUCUCAUAACUUCAGCCCCAGAUUGCCCAAUGAUCCACUUGUGCCGACAGCUGUGUUAGUGCCUAUUACUGAUGAAAAUCACAGUGCAACAGCAGAGUCCAGCCGGCUCCUGGAUGUCCCUCGUUACCUCUGCGAAGGCACGGAAUCCCCCUACCAGACUGGGCAGCUGCACCCGGCCAUCAGGGUGGCUGAUCUGCUGCAGCAUAUUAACCUAAUGAAGACCUCUGACAGCUAUGGAUUUAAAGAGGAGUAUGAGAGUUUCUUUGAGGGGCAGUCAGCUUCUUGGGAUGUCGCUAAGAAGGAUCAAAACAGAACAAAGAACCGCUAUGGAAACAUUAUAGCAUAUGACCACUCCAGGGUGAUUUUGCAACCCGUUGAAGAUGAUCCAUCUUCAGAUUACAUUAAUGCCAACUACAUAGAUAUUUGGCUGUACAGGGAUGGAUAUCAGAGACCAAGUCACUACAUUGCAACCCAAGGUCCAGUUCAUGAGACUGUGUAUGACUUUUGGAGAAUGAUAUGGCAGGAGCAAUCAGCUUGUGUUGUGAUGGUCACAAAUUUAGUGGAAGUUGGGAGAGUCAAGUGCUACAAGUACUGGCCUGAUGACACAGAAGUUUAUGGUGACUUCAAAGUGACUUGUAUAGAGAUGGAGCCCCUUGCGGAGUACGUCGUCAGGACCUUCACCUUGGGAAGGAGGGGCUACAAUGAAAUCCGUGAAGUUAAACAGUUUCAUUUCACCGGCUGGCCAGAUCAUGGAGUUCCUUACAAUGCCACAGGCCUGCUUUCCUUUAUACGCAGAGUCAAAUUAUCUAACCCUCCUAGUGCAGGGCCGAUUGUUGUCCAUUGCAGCGCUGGUGCUGGACGAACAGGCUGUUAUAUUGUGAUCGAUAUCAUGUUAGAUAUGGCAGAAAGAGAAGGUGUUGUGGAUAUCUACAACUGUGUCAAAGCCUUACGGUCCCGUCGCAUCAACAUGGUACAGACAGAGGUACGGCAAAUUUUUCUAGGGGAUACCCUNNNNGAAGCUUGCCUGUGUGGAGAAACUGCCAUUCCUGUCUGCGAAUUCAAAGCUGCUUAUUUUGAUAUGAUUAGAAUAGACUCUCAGACAAACUCUUCGCAUCUCAAAGAUGAGUUUCAGACCCUGAAUUCUGUGACCCCUCGCCUGCAGGCGGAGGACUGCAGCAUAGCCUGCUUGCCAAGGAACCACGACAAGAACCGCUUCAUGGAUAUGCUGCCACCUGACAGAUGUCUGCCUUUCUUAAUUACUAUUGAUGGGGAGAGCAGCAACUACAUCAAUGCUGCUCUUAUGGACAGCUACAGGCAACCAGCAGCUUUUAUUGUCACACAACAUCCUUUACCAAACACUGUGAAAGAUUUCUGGAGAUUAGUGUAUGACUACGGCUGUACUUCUCUUGUGAUGUUAAAUGAAGUCGACUUAGCACAGGGCUGCCCGCAAUACUGGCCCGAGGAAGGGAUUCUGCGGUACGGUCCCAUCCAAGUGGAAUGCAUGUCGUGUUCAAUGGACUGCGACGUCAUAAACCGAAUUUUCAGGAUAUGCAAUCUAACAAGACCACAAGAGGGCUAUCUGAUGGUGCAGCAAUUCCAGUAUUUGGGAUGGGCUUCUCACAGAGAUGUACCAGCUUCCAAGAGAUCCUUCUUGAAGUUAAUUCUCCAGGUUGAAAAAUGGCAAGAGGAAUGUGAAGAAGGGGAGGGCCGGACCAUCAUCCAUUGCCUAAACGGUGGUGGCCGGAGUGGGAUGUUCUGUGCCAUUGGCAUUGUGGUUGAGAUGGUAAAAAGGCAGAACGUUGUGGAUGUUUUCCAUGCCGUGAAGACUUUGCGGAACAGUAAGCCCAACAUGGUAGAAACUCCGGAGCAAUAUCGCUUCUGCUAUGAUGUUGCGCUGGAGUACUUGGAAUCCUCUUAG